AUGGGCCGUUUAGGAAAAAUGUCCAAUUGUUGCUGUUUACCGUUAGGAGGAGGAUGUAUAUUAUCAACAGUGAUUAUUUUCGUCCGUUUUCUUGGAUUAUUCGCGGAGAAGAAUACGACAGCUAGGACAAUUAAUCUCGUAUUAUAUGCUGUAUUAUGUUGUUUUGCUAUCCUUGGAAUAUUAUUUAAGAAUUUUAUUAUAUUUUACAUUGUUACUGGACUUAUAAUUAUACAUAUAGUUGAUAUUAUUAUAUCAUUUAUUCUUAUUUUGGUGGCUUAUAUAUCACUUAGUAAUAAUUAUAAUCUUACAUCUAUAGUAAUUCUGUUAGUUACGUUGAGUACAAGUAUGGUUAUUAUGUUUAUGCUUUUGAACGUAUUUUUAUCAACGGCUAAUGUUUUGAAAGAAGGAGGUACAGGAUGGGAAAACAAAAACUAUAAGCAAAUACGUGCGGAGAAAAAUGCAAUUAUUAGUAAGGAAGAAAAGAAGAUAGUUGAUAAUCAGACAGAACAAAAUGACUACAAGGCAUAA